AUGAAAAGUCAAGACAAAAAUAACGAGAAAAUUUUAGACCAGAAAGAAAAUGUGGAAGAAAACAUAAAGAAUUCAGGAUCCAAAACAAAUGAAAAACAGGAAAAAAAAGACUGUGAUGGAAGAAAGAUAUGUAGCAAGAAUCCGGAUAAUGUAAACGACUGUGAUGAAAUAGAAAAUUUAUUCAAGCAACCAUCAACCUUAAAACAAACAUUCAUUUUGACAGGAAUGGAACCAAAUGUAGGCGAAUCUUUAGAAUUCGAAAAUAUGGCAAUGGAUCUAGAAAUAGGAAAUGAAGUUGUAAUAGAAGAGUAUAUUAUUAACGAGACUGAAGAAACAACAUGUAUAUCAGAAUGCGCUGAAAAGGUGAAACCCAUAUCAGUGAGCAACACUUCUAAUUUAGCUACAAUCCCGCCUGGGACUACUGUUGUAUUUAGGGAUGAAGGAAGUCUGUUCCCAGGGAAAAUCGUAUCGUUCCUGUCCCCAUAUUAUGUAAUUGCGGCUAUGAGCAGGUCAAUAGGUGGUGGGUGGAGGUGGCCAGCCACGAAACAGAUGACCAAAAUUAAGUUUGACGACAUUGUAUCAACUGUAGAUCCAGCCAAAAUCAAAAUCAAAUCUGUCGGAGUUUAUCAUUUGGAAGAUGACUUGCUCUUUAUGGAGUGGGGCGAAUAG